AGUGGUUGUGCCAUCGUCUGGCGCCAUCUCCUCCCAAAAUUACACGCAAACCAAAGUAAAAAAACCAUGUGUAUUUACCAGCUACAAAAAAAACUGAAAUCCGAAGAAACACACAUAUAAAAUAUCUCGGAGAUAAUUUUACUCCCCAGCCCGACCUAAAACCCUCACCUUAUCUUCUCAUCGCCUCCCUCCUCCCAGCUUCCUCGAAUCUCACUGCUGCCGCCACUGUUUUCUUGCUUCGUUGCGUGCUGGCGGAGCAAGAGGCGGCCAUGGCCACCACCAGCGACGCCGCCCCAGUCGCGCCUGUGGAGGAAGAGAGCACCUCCCCGGCAGCCGCAGAGGAGGAGCCGCCCAAGAAAGUCGAGGCGUCCAUGGCCACCACCGACGUCGCUCCAGUCGCGCCCGCCCCCGUGGAGGACGAGAACCUGGCCUCGGCGGCGGCCGAGGAGAGUCCGAGCAAGAAAGUCGAGGCGGCGGCGGCCCAGGAGGAGGUGGAGGAAGUGGUGGAGGCGCCAAAGAAGGUCGUGGCGGGUGGGGGAGAGGAGGAGGAGGUGAGAUUGGAGGGGAUAGAUGAGGGCUUUGGGGGUCCGGAGGCCGAGAACGGCCAGGCGAAGGGUGUCGGAGGAGGAUAUGAUAGCGGGGAUGUAAAAGAGGCGGAUGCGGAGGAUAAAGGUGGGAAUUUGGGUCCGACAGAGGCCGAGGCCGAGACCGAUGACGGCGGCGAGGAACCGGCGUCGGGGGACGGGGAAACACCCGCUUCUUUGGCAGCGCCCAUGCCAGUGGUGGAAUCCAAGUCGGAGAACGCCGAAUUGGGGGAUGGAGAUCCUUCUCUGGUUUUCCUUGAUGCGCUGGAAGGUGAUGAGAUGGGCGAAUUACGGGAGGAGCAGGACGAGGACACAGGUGCUUCAGUGGAGGUAAAGGUUGUGGAUAAGGUGGCAGAUGAUGCCGAGCCACCGGUGACUGAGGAGGAGAAACUGGAGCCAGAAGUUGAGAAGGGCGAGGAGGUAGGUCCUCGGAGUGGAGAUGGUGGUGAGUUGAGCAAUGAGAAGGAGGUUGAGGUCUUUUCUCUUAGAGAGGAGGCGGUGGAACCACAGGAUAUGGUAGCCCAUGUUUCUGAAGCUAAUGGUGAAUUGGGUGAUGAGAAGGAAGCAAGUGAUGAUGUGGUGGUUCUUGGAGUUGAAGAAGCCCCAGAAGAACCAUCUAACAAGGAUACUGAUGGUGAUGAAGUCCUGGUUCUCGGAGGUAAAGAAGCACCAGAAGAAUCAACUAAGAAGGAUGAUGAUGUUGAAGACGAAGCCACCAAGCCUGAGCCAAUGAGUGAGGCAAGUCCAGUGGUUCUGAAUGACGGAAGCAUAGAGGAGCUUGCUCCUGCAAGUGCUGACAGUGUGCUUGAGGAUAGCCUUGAGAAGGAGCAGAAUGCUGAAAACCUGGCCACUGCCAGUGAAGCGGUGGAAGAUGUUGGUGCCGAGGUUGAGAAUGUUGCUGCUCCUAGUGUCGAUGGUAUCUUGUCUCGGGAGUUGGCUCCAGAAUCAAUCAAUGAAAAUAAUGGCGCUGAUGAGAUUGAAGGUGCCACUGAGGUUGUUGAUCGUGAAGAGGAGGUUGCUUAUAAUGACAUAAUUGAGGCUGUGCCAGAUGACGAGGAUGGGAUUGAUAAUGAGGCUGAUGAUGAUAAUGACGGGGCAAACUCUAACACGAGUCCUGCACGGGUUGCAAUCUUAGAGAGCUCUGAAGCCGCGAAGCAGAUCAUGAAGGAGCUUACAGAAGGCUCCUCUAGUGGUAAUGUCUCAAGAGACUUCACCAAUAGCAUGGAUGGGCAGAUUAUGCUUGAUGAUUCUGAGGAUGAUGAUGAUGGGGAUGAGAAGGAAUUUGAUUCUGCUGCCUUGGCGGCCCUUCUGAAAGCGGCAACUGGUGGAUCCUCAGAUGGGAAUGUCACAGUUGCUUCACAAGAUGGUUCUAGAAUAUUCACCAUGGAUCGACCUGCUGGUCUUGGUUCAUCAGCCCCUUCUCUCAGGCCGACUGCACCUCGCCAACCUGCCAGGUCAAACCUAUUCAGCCCCUCAGAGCUAGCAGUUACUGCUGACCCUACAGAAGAGAUGACAGAGGAAGAGAAGAAGCUACACGACAAGGUUGAGUUGAUUAGAGUAAAGUUUCUGCGUCUGGUUUACAGGCUGGGAGCUACUCCUGAAGAAACGGUUGCAGCACAAGUGCUGUAUCGUCUGAGCCUUGCUGAGGGUAUCCGACAUGGUAGGCAGACAAAUCGAGCAUUCAGCCUUGAUAAUGCACGGAGAAAGGCCUUACUUCUUGAAGCAGAGGGAAAGGAGGAUCUGAACUUCUCAUGCAACAUACUUGUUCUAGGAAAGACUGGAGUUGGCAAAAGUGCAACUAUCAAUUCUGUAUUUGGUGAAGAGAAGUCCAAAACUGAUGCUUUUAGCUCAGCAACCACUAAUGUGCGGGAAAUCAUUGGGGAUGUUGAUGGUGUCAAGAUUAGAAUCAUUGAUACACCUGGCCUUCGUCCCAACGUUAUGGACCAAGGAUCAAACAGAAAGAUUCUUGCUGCUGUCAAGAAAUAUACCAAGAAAUGUCCGCCAGAUAUUGUUCUAUAUGUGGAUCGUCUGGAUAGUCUGAGCCGUGAUCUCAAUGAUUUGCCUCUUCUGAAGACAAUUACCUCUGUUCUUGGCUCAUCCAUAUGGUUCAAUGCCAUUGUUGCCCUCACACAUGCUGCGUCUGCUCCUCCUGAAGGCCUCAAUGGUGCUCCCAUGACAUAUGAGGUCUUGAUGGCUCAGAGAUCCCACAUCAUCCAGCAGUCCAUCAGGCAGGCUGCUGGAGAUAUGCGCUUGAUGAACCCAGUAGCCCUUGUUGAGAACCAUCCUUCGUGCAGGAAAAACCGUGAGGGCCAGAAAGUGCUUCCGAAUGGCCAAAGCUGGAGGCAUCAGAUGCUGCUUUUGUGCUACUCCUCAAAGAUAUUAUCAGAAGCCAACUCACUUCUGAAGCUUCAGGAUCCUAAUCCUGGAAAGCUUUUUGGCUUCCGUUUCCGCUCACCACCUCUUCCUUUCUUGUUGUCCUCACUCUUGCAGUCUAGAGCCCACCCGAAACUUUCUGCUGAGCAGGGUGGCAAUGAGGGCGAUUCUGAUAUUGAAUUGGAUGACUACUCUGAUGUAGAACAAGAUGAUGAAGAAGAAGAAUAUGAUCAGCUUCCACCCUUCAAGCCCUUGACCAAAGCUCAGCUUGCAAGGCUCACAAAGGAGCAGAAGAAUGCUUAUUUUGAUGAGUAUGACUACAGGGUUAAGCUUCUCCAGAAGAAACAAUGGAAGGAUGAGAUCCGCAGGUUAAAGGAGAUGAAGAAGAGGGGGAAAACUGAUCUGGAUGAUUAUGGGUAUGCUAAUAUCACUGGUGAGGACGAUCAGGAUCCUCCUCCAGAGAAUGUGUCAGUUCCCUUACCUGACAUGGUACUGCCUCCUUCAUUUGAUUGUGACAAUCCCACAUACCGGUACCGCUUUCUAGAGCCAACUUCGACUGUCCUAGCAAGACCUGUUUUAGAUGCGCAUGGAUGGGAUCAUGACUGUGGUUAUGAUGGAGUGAGCGUUGAAGAGACACUAGCUAUCCUUAGCAGGUUCCCAGCAAAUGUAGCAGUUCAGGUCACCAAGGACAAGAAGGAAUUUAGCAUCCAUUUGGACUCUUCCAUCGCAGCAAAGCAUGGAGAGAACACAUCAUCUCUUGCUGGUUUUGAUAUCCAGACUGUUGGGCGGCAGCUUGCAUAUAUUCUCCGUGGGGAGACAAAAAUCAAGAAUAUCAAGAAGAACAAAACCACAGGAGGGUUCUCAGUAACUUUCCUGGGCGACAUUGUGGCAACUGGACUGAAGAUUGAGGACCAGCUCUCCCUUGGGAAGAGGUUGUCACUAGUUGCUAGCACUGGCGCGAUGCGAGCCCAAGGGGACACUGCAUAUGGAGCUAACCUGGAGGCACGCUUGAAGGACAAAGACUAUCCGAUAGCCCAGUCCCUCUCAACCUUGGGUCUCUCUCUGAUGAAGUGGCGUCGGGACCUUGCUCUGGGCGCAAACUUGCAGUCCCAGUUUUCCAUCGGAAGGGGGUCGAAGAUGGCAGUUCGACUUGGUCUGAACAACAAGCUGAGUGGGCAGAUCACCGUCAGGACAAGCACCUCAGAGCAGGUCCAGAUUGCACUUCUGGGUCUCGUACCGGUUGCAGCCUCCAUUUACCGGAGUUUCCGGCCCAGUGAACCAUCCUUUGCUUAUUAGCUUGUCAGGAGUCUCAGUUUAAUUAUUUCAUGAUCACAUCGUUUCUCUUAGCAAUUUUGCUUUUCAUAUCAACCAUGUUUCCUGCUGUUUCAGUUCACUCCUUUGUAAUUGGCAGAUCGUUUCCUAUCAUAAUUUUGGGUGAAGAGGGUUGCGAGAUUUAUCUGGAACUAUAGCUGAAUAAAUAAUGUGGAGGGAUGUUGAUCCUUGUGGUUAUCAAUCUAUUACAGCGUUUUUAAGUCUUCA